UCUCACACGCUACUCUCCUGAUUAAAAUAUAAAUUUUUUUGCUUAUUUGUUGUUUUAAAACAAAAAUGAAACAAAUCAAUCAAUCAGUCGAUGUGUAAUCAAUAGGUAUCCAUUCAAUUUCAUUAAAACCUAUUCAUAAAUAGAAGUAGCUUAUUAGUAUAUGUGUCAAUUUUUGCCAAUAUUCAAAACAAAUAAUUAAAAAAAAAAUCCAUUGAUUGUGUCUACACUGAAAGUGAAUUGAAGAAAAUUAAAAAGAAGAAAAGCAAGCAUAUAAAGAAAAGACAAAAAAAAAAACGUCUCCAUCUCCAGCCACAAGAAGAACACAGUGAAGUAGUAUAUUUUCUCCUCUGCACACCACCUCCAUGGCUUGAACAACAAAAAGAAAAAAGAUCAAAUCAAAAAAGUAAGUACUUUCAAGGGAUCAUUGUCAGUCAGCAUUGUCUUCUUCUUUCUUGUCUUCUUUGCCUUUCUUGCACUUGCACUCUUGCCCACCCCACAACCAGCAAAAAAUAGAAAAUACAAAUUUCCAACUUGUAAAACACGAUUUAUUAUCCGUCUUCUUGCAGCAACACAACGAACCUGUGUUAAUUGAUAAAUUCAUCAAUUAGUUUUUUUCUUAAAUCAACUUGCAACUUAAAUAAACCAAAAAUAUGCACUUUUCAAUUCCGGACACACAGGAAUUCUUCAAUGACACAACUGGUUCCACCUACACAGGUUUUAAUAUACACAUAAAUGGCAGUUUCCAUUGCUGUUUGCGUUUCAAACAACUGCACAGCCUUCACGAACAAUUGAAACGCUCUCUAGCAGCAUCCAGCAGCACUUCCAAUGUCACUCUUCCAUCAUUUCCCCCCAAAAAGUUGCUUCCUUUGACAAACAAUCAAAUCGAAGCACGAAGAAUUGCUCUAGAACAUUAUGUACAGAUUGUCGGGCAGGACCCGAUCAUAUCCAAAUCAGAGCUAUUGCGUACAUUCCUCUUAAGCGCACAACAAGAAUCUGCAUCGAUUGAUACCCGCGAGACUACCAUCGAUGUACAUUUAAUGAAUGGAUUUCGAAUAUCGGUGAAUUGUUAUACAAAUGAGUACUCACUGAAGGUGCUGUCGAAGGCGUGCCAAAAUAUAGACUUGCCAUGUAGCUAUAUAAAUUAUUUUUCAUUAUUUUUGAUGCGAAAAGAUAAGGAUGGGGGCGUCAUUCUUAUAAGGAAAUUAAUGGACUUUGAAUCACCUUACAUAUCACAACGGAUAGCUGAGGAUUGCCAAAUUGUUAUAAGAAAAAGUUACUGGGAUCCGUGCUAUGAUAUACAACUGAUGCAAGAUAAAAUUGCUUUAAACUUACUUUUUAUACAAACCAUAAGUGAUAUCGAAAGAGACUGGAUAAUUGUUGGACCUGAUGUUAAAAAAGAACUCCGAAACCUACAAGAGCGAGGAAAUAAAAAAGAAUACAUCGAAAUAGCAAGAAAUCUUCCUUCAUACGGAUGUGUGCAGUUUUCCAGCGCUGUAGUUGACUAUCCCGAACCUAAUAAUAUAGCAGUUAUAACAGUUGGUAAUCGCGAACUAAGUAUUCGAUCUCAUUUAGGUCAAAAAAUUCAUGAAACCAAAUUCCGUGUUACUCGAAUGCGUUGCUGGCGAGUAACAACUAUUCAUAAUAACGAAGAAGAAAACACUUCAUCAUUAGAUAACUCAACGCAAAGUCUCGAAUUGUCUUUCGAGUAUCUCAUGUCCAAAAAUUGCCUAAAAUGGAUAACAAUUGCUAGUGAUCAAGCAAUGCUUAUAUCUGUUUGCCUCCAAGGCAUGGUAGACGAACUAAUUCAUCAAAAAGAUGGAAAUCAAUAUAUUUAUAAAUCCGAUACUGUGCCCUACCAACCAAUGUGCUAUAUUCGACGAGAUGGUAGCUCAGCUAAUCAAAUAUGCGAUUCUAGCUCAUCGGAUACGCUCUCUAGUUUGGUAUGCCAUAAAAUAUUUCUUAAAAAUUUAAAGAAUUUCUUUCUCAAACUUGUUUGCUAUUUUUAUUCGCAGAAUAACGACAUCGAUAUGCCAAUUCAAUCGCAAUCAAACUUCCUAUCAAUGAGACGUAAGAUUAAAAAUAAAAUGUCUACAACGGUGUUCUUCCGCAAUGGUCGCGAAUCAGUGCAUAAUGAAGCAUUUGAGGGUAUCGGCGAUGAUGAUCUUUAAGCAAUAAAACUGCAAAGUAGAUGGGAAUUCCCUUGCAACCGGAUGGCAAUGAAAUGAUGAUGAUGACAGAGCAGCCAUAAAAAUUAUUUAUAAGACAAAAUAACAAAACAAAAACAAAAAAAUUACUGAGGGACAUUUUUAAUAUUACUUUUAUUAUUGUUAUUAAUAUAAUCAAUGGAAAAUUAUAUAUAUAAGUAUAUACAACAUGCAAUGUUUAAA